GUAACCACACAGAUGCAGGCAUUGUACGAGGAGCAAGUCACUCAAGUAGAUGAAGCCAACAUGCCAGCGAUGCCAUCAUUUCAGAGCGUGAAAAGUGCACUUUACAGGCGUUACAUUCCAGCGUUACCCAGGUCGCGGUCAGCAGUAGACAUUGAAGACAAAUGGUCAGAGACAACAGAUGGACGUCCCUUUCUGCUGUUCAGCGACGGCGACGAUGACAAGAUCCUGGCUUUCUCCACUGCAGAACAGAUACAAGCCCUCCAGGAAGCUGACACCCUUUACAUGGAUGGUACCUUCACAGCAUGUCCAGGUUUAUGGGAUCAAGUAUACAUCAUUCAUGCCAGAGUUGGCCCCAACACCUUCCCUCUAGUGUUCGCCCAUUUGCCAGAUCGCCAAGCAACAACCUAUGGCCGACUUUUUCGACAACUGAAGACAGAAGUUCAAGAGCGACUCAACAGACCUCUGUCACCUAGCACACUUGCUCCGUCUGGGAUAAAUAAACUGUAAAAGUUAUUCAAUGUAAAGUGUACAUUACCAAAAACUGGCACAAAGUGUUGUUACAAACUGUAUAAAAUUUAUCAAAUGUAAAGUGUCAUUAAAUGUUAAGUAUAAUAUUAAAGUAUCUAUUUAAAGCUGCUUUGCUUUGUUUGUCAGAUCUUAUCUGGACUAUUCCAUUUUAAAGUCUGAGGUAACAAGCAUAAGGAUUAGUGUGCACUCAACCGUUUAAAGUGUUGUUAUAAGCUGUCUAACUAUUGGGACGUCUAACUAAUGGGAGGACACCGCUGCCGAGCAUGGGUUGCUGUAAGAUGAAGUGUCAUUCAGAUCUUCACAGGGGCACCAAUCCAGGUAUGAGACACAGCGAUGUCAGUGUGUCCUGUGACUGGUCUUGUGGACACACUGUUUUCCAAAUCCUCACCCCCCUCUCUGUUUAGUG